AUGAUCUUGAGGAGUAUAGCAGCGCGCAGUGCCCCCCGGGCCCUCGCACGACACUCACGACAAUCGUCUCGCCCGCUGCAGCGAUUUCUCUCCACCGAGACCGAGUCGAUUGAAGCCUCCACCGAAAACAGCCUGAAACAGCUACAGUCAAUAGAGGCCCAGCUGAACACCCACCUCCAGCAGCCCGUACCCUCCGUCGACCCCGAGACCCAUGGAACCUCCGAGUCCGCCUCCAAUGAUGUCGCUCAGCAGUACUACCUGUACAAGCAGCAAUCCAAGCAGAUGGGAAAGCUGGGAACUCACAUUGAGCCUCACUAUCAACCACACACCCUCUUGAACCACCCCCCAUCCCCCGCCGACGUUACCCUGGAAUUGCUCCUCGCCUCUGAGGCCCAUCAAGGCCAUGUCACUUCCCUAUGGAACCCCGCAAAUGCACGUUACAUACACGGCAUAAGGCAAGGCGUCCAUAUUAUCUCGCUCGAAGUCACCGCAGCCCACUUACGGCGAGCCGCCAAGGUUGUACAGGAAGUUGCGCGACGAGGAGGCAUGAUCCUGUUUGUUGGUACACGCGAUGGGCAAGACAGGGCAGUCGCACGCGCAGCUGAGUUAGCCAAGGGGUACCAUCUCUUCGAGCGCUGGAUCCCUGGAAGCAUCACCAACGGCCAGCAAAUCUUGGGCAGAUGCAAAACGAAGGUGGUCAACGAGCUAGACGAAGAAGUUCCCGGCUUCGAAGAGCAGCUCUACGACCGACCUGUCCUCCGACCAGAUCUCGUCGUCUGCAUGAACCCACUCGAGAACUACGUUUUGCUGCACGAGUGUGCGCUGAACAACAUCCCCACAAUUGGUGUCAUUGAUACCAACGCAGAUCCUACUUGGGUCACCUACCCUAUCCCCGCAAAUGACGACAGUCUCCGCUGCAUACAAGUCAUCGCUGGCGUCCUAGGUCGCGCCGGAGAAACAGGCCAAAAGCAACGUCUCGCUGCCGCCGCCCAAGGCCACAUCACCUACCGGCCAGCACAGGGCCUUACUAUAGCUAAUGCAGAUGUGGAUGGAGACAGGGCAGAAGUUGGGAAGAUCUUAUCCGGAUCUACAUCGCGAAUGGGCGAAGGUGUCCCCAGAGAGCGAGUUGACGCCACAGCCGAGACCAAGGACGCCGGUCUUGGAGAUGCGGAAGAAAUGGCCACUAAGAUGGACGAGGUGAGCAACCACGAGAGCCAUCGCACAAGGGAAGGCAGGGAUAUCAAAAUCACUUCAUAG